UCCCCCUGAAUCUUGAAAGAUAAUUACAACUGGAAGAGAGAAAAUGGAAAAGCAAAAGCCUUUUAAAUUGUUUGUACCACCAAGAAUAAGUAGCAGUCAAGUAUCUGCAGUGAAACCUCAGAGUUUGGGAGGAGAGUCUAAUUUCUUCAAGAGUUUCAACAAAUAUAUUGAAGACGAUUUUAGUUUUCCAUUUGCAAUGACUAAUCUCUCCAAAAAUGGGGAAAACAUUGAUUCAGAUCCUGCUUUACAAAAAGUUAAGUUUUUGCCCAUGCUUGAACAGGUUGAUAAUUCUGACAGUUGUCACUACCAGGAAGGACUAAAAGACUCUGAUUUUGAGAAUUCAGAGCCAAUGAGCAGACUAUAUUCAAAACUGUAUAAGGAGGCUGAAAAGAUCAAGAAGUGGAAAGUGAGUGUAGAAUCUGAAUUGAAGCAGAAAGAAAAUAAGUUGCAAGAAAAUAGAAAGAUAAUUGAAGCACAGCGGAAAGCCAUUCAGGAACUACAGUUUGAAAAUGAAAAAGUGAGUUUGAAAUUAGAAGAAGGAAUUCAAGAAAAUAAAGAUUUAAUAAAAGAGAAUAAUGCUACAAGGCAUUUAUGUAAUUUACUCAAGGAAACCUGUGCCAGAUCUUCGGAAAAGACAAAGAAAUAUGAAUAUGAACGAGAAGAAACUAGGCAAGUAUAUGUGGAUCUAAAUAAUAACAUUGAGAAAAUGAUAAUAGCUUUUGAGGAACUUCGUGUGCAAGCUGAGAAUUCCAGAUUGGAAAUGCAUUUUAAAUUAAAGGAAGAUUGUGAAAAAAUCCAGCACCUUGAAGAGGAAUACAAGAAGGAAGUAAAUGACAAGGAAAAGCAGGUAUCACUGCUAUUGCUCCAAAAUACUGAGAAGGAAAAUAAAAUAAAAGAUUUAAUAUUUCUGCUAGAGGAAUCCAGAGAUAAAAUUAAUCAAUUAGAGGAAAAGACAAAAUUACAGAAUGAAAACUUAAAAGAAUCAAAUGAGAAGCAGGAUCAUUUGACAUCAGAACUAGAAGAUAUUAAAAUGUCUUUGCAAAGAAGUGUGAGUACUCAGAAGGAUUUAGGGGAAGAUUUACAGGUAGCAACAAAAAAAAUAUAUCAGCUCACUGCAGAAAAAGAAGCUCAAAUGGAAGAAUUUAAUAAAGCUAAAGCUGCUCAUUCAUUUGUGGUUACUGAACUUAAAACUUCUAUCUGCAACUUGAAAGAAUUAUUGACAACAGAACAGCAAAGAUUGGAAAAAAGUGAUGAUCAAUUGAAAAUACUUACCGUGGAGCUUCAGAAGAAAUCAAGUGAACUGGAAGAGAUGACUAAGCUUAAAAAUAAUAAAGAAGUAGAACUUGAAGAAUUGAAAAAAAUCUUGGCAGAAAAUCAAAAGCUUUUAGAUGAAAAGAAACAAUUUGAGAAGAUUGCUGAAGAAUUAAAAGGAGCAGAAGAAGAACUAACUAGUCUUCUCCAAACCAGAGAGGAAAAAGUACACGAUUUGGAAAUACAGCUAACUGCUAUUGUGACAAGUGAACAGCAUUAUUCCAAACAGGCUGAAGAGCUGAAAACUGAGCUUGAAAAUGAGAAGCUUAAGACUACUGAACUGAAUGCAAGCUGCAACAGGCUUUCCCUGGAGAACAAAGAACUAGCACAAGAAACAAGUGAUAUGGCCCUAGAAAUCAAGAAACAACAAGAAGAUAUUGAUAAUAGCAAAAAGCAAGAAGAAAGGAUGUUGAAACAAAUAGAAAAACUGGAAGAAACGGAAACACAGUUAAGGAAUGAACUGGAAUCUGUGAGAGAAGAACUAAAACAGAAAGGAGACGAAGUUAAGUGUAAAUUGGACAAGAGUGAAGAAAAUUGCAACAAUUUAAGGAAACAAGUUGAAAAUAAAAGCAAGUGUAUUGAAGAACUCCAGCAGGAGAAUAAGGCCUUAAAAAAGAAGGGCACAGCAGAAAGCAAGCAACUGAAUGUUUAUGAGAUAAAGGUCAGUAAAUUAGAAUUAGAACUAGAAGGUGCCAAAAAGAAAUUUAAAGAAAUGACGGAGAGCUAUCAAAAAGAAAUUGAGGACAAAAAGAUAUCAGAAGAAAAUCUUUUGGAAGAGGUUGAGAAAGCAAAAGUCAUAGCUGAUGAAGCAGUAAAAUUACAGAAAGAAAUUGAUAUACGAUGUCAGCAUAAAAUAGCUGAAAUGGUAGCACUUAUGGAAAAACACAAGCACCAAUAUGAUAAAAUAGUUGAAGAAAGAGACUCAGAACUAGGACUUUAUAAAAGCAAAGAACAAGAACAGUCAUCAAUGAAAGCAUCUUUGGAGUCUGAAUUGUCUAAUCUCAAAAAUGAACUUUUGUCUGUUAAGACACAACUUGAAAUAGAAAGAGAAGAAAAGGAAAAACUCAAAAGAGAGGCAAAAGGAAACAUAGUUACUCUCGAAAAAAAAGAUAAGAAAAUACAGACACCUUUAUUGGAAACACCUGAAAGUCAUUAUUGGAAAUUUGAUUCUAAAGCAGCUCCUUCACAAAAUUUAUCUCGAAAUGUCACAUCAGCUGACCAUGGCAAAUCCAAAGAUAAAAGAGACUAUUUGUGGACAUCUGCCAAAAGUACUUUAUCUGCGCCAUUACCAAAGGCGUAUACUGUGAAGACACCAACGAAACUAAAAAUUCAGCAAAGAGAAAGCAAGAAUGCACCCACGGAAGAAAGUAAUAAAAAGAGAAAAAUGGUCUUUGAGUUUGAUAUUAAUUCGGAUAGCUCAGAAACGACUGAUCUUUUGAGCAUGGUUUCAGAAGAAGAGACAUUGAAAAAAUUAUACAGGAAUAAUAAUCCAGCAACUUCUCAUCUUUGUGUCAGAACACCAAAAAAGACCCCUUCAUCUCUAACAACCCCUGGAUCUACACUGAAGUUUGGAGCUAUGAGGAAAAUUCAGGAAGAUCGUUGGGCUGUAAUUGCUAAAAUGGAUAGGAAAAAAAAACUAAAGGAUGCAGAAAAGCUAUUUGUUUAAUUUCAAAAAAUCAGUGUGAUUAAGGAGCCUAAUAUCAAAUUUAUUGUUAAUUUAAGAAUGUUAUAUUUUCUUAAAUAGCUAAACACUUUUUGACAUUGAGACUUUUUAUAUUUACAUAACUUGUUUUUUAUGAUUUUUAUGUUUUGGCCUAAAUUACCA